AUGGAUCCCUUCUCCAUCGGUGUGGGCUGUCUUGCGCUGCUCGGGGCCGUGAAAGAAGUAACGGCACACUUGUCAGCAUUCACCAAGGCCUUUCACGAAGCACGACCCGAGAUGCUCGCCGUCAGUAGACACGUGCAGGAGCUGGAAAACAUUUUGCAGCUGCUGGAACACGACAGCAGCAGCAGCAGCAGCAGCAGCAGCAGCAGCACAUGCAGCAGACUGCAAGCGUCGUUGGAGAUAAUCCAGACGCUGAUCAACAACUGCUUCGACGUUGUGGAGGAGCUCAAUAGAUUUAUCCAGGGAUUCCAGACCAGCACACGAUACGGCAGGCUGGCGUGGUCUACGAGCGGCAAAGCGGCUGUCGAGAGGAUGGACAAGGCCCUACAGACCCGCAUCGACCAUCUCAAGCUGGCCCUCGACAUCCAGUCCAAUACUGUCACGCUGGACAUCAAAAAGGACACGGCCGCCAUCCUCGACUCCCAAAGCGUCCUCCAAGUGCACAUGUCCAUAAUCUCUGAGCACUUGGGCCUGCGUACGAGUAAAUCGUCCAUGCAGCAGUUUGAUGCGUCUGAUCUCCCCGCUUCUUCGUACGACUACCAUCCGACCAGAGAGUCGGCACUGCCCCUAGGCCACUUCCGAGGUGCUCCGAUCGACACUGGCAGUGGAUGGAGCCCCUCGAGCAGCUCCAACUUCGAUUCCGAUGCCUUUACAAACACGGCAGAACCGAAUUCGCCCUUGACGCCCACUGAGGACGUCCAGUGGAGUGAUUCGGCCAUUGGCCUGGACGAGCAUUUCGAGGCGGACCACGCCGGCGGCUCACCUGGCAGCUUUGCCGGACAAGCGUCAUCUCCCGUCGACAAUUGCCAGCCUGGCGGCUACGAUCAGCAUACAGCAUGCUACAGGAUGCCACUGGCAAAAGAAACGCUGCCCCGUCACUCGGACGAGUCCAUCGCGCCGAUUUCAGUCUUCAACCCGAGCUGUCUUCCUCCAUGCUACGGAACGGAGAGAGGGGCCGAAUUCUCCCGAGCCCCAGAGCCAGAGAUAGCAUCCGCCACGACUAGACCCGCAACAUCGGAGGCGCAUAGAGUCCGAGAGGCGUUCCGCCGCGAAGUGGAACAACGCGCAGCCUUGAACGCCCCCGCGAAGCCCAAAGAGAGGCAGCAGAAGCCGCCUCCCGUGACUACACCGGCAGCAACAACACCGGCAGCAACAACACCAACCGGAGACCCAAGGGCUGGCCAGAUCCGGGAGCAGUUCAGGCGCUCGGUGGCUGAAGUGGCUGCCACCACCCCUGCUUCCAGACGUUCCAGUAACAACACGAAUGGUGGUGGGUAUAAUGAUCCACAGAGUCACAGCACCCACACGGCAGCAGCCCCACGAGAGGAGAACCACGCAUUGCUUAGAAGCAGAGACAUUAUCAAACAGUUCAAGGACAUGGUCUGGAAGAAAAAGAAGAUGGCGGGAAUCGGGACGUAG